AUGGGGUUUAUUUAUUUUUGUUUAAAAAUAUUCUUAUCAACUAUUUCUUUUGGACAGCUUAUUUUAUCCAUUCCUUUAUCUUUUGAUGUAGGAGGGCGAAUAUCUGGAUUGGCGUAUACCCUGUCUCUUGAAGUAUUGUAUUUUUUUAUUUGUCUUUUUUCUAUUUUGAAAAAAAGCCCAAAAAUAAGGCCUUUUGUACAAAUUAUUACGUUAAGUCAAUUUUUAAUGGUUCCUUCGUUGAUGAUUUAUUUUCUGGACACUAUUUCUGAGAAAUCUACGCCUUCAUUAUUUAUACGUAUUUGUACGCGUAUAUGGCUGGCCUUUUUGACACGUUCUACGCCUAUUUUUACGUUAUUAGAAGGGUUUACAUCUUUACUUGUUAUUCAAGCUGUUGGGCAAUUUGUUAAAUGGCUUGUAAAUAAUUGUUCUGAUUGGUGGAUGAUUUUUCUUCUUUCUGGAUCAGGGGGGAUUCUUUCUGCAUCUUUUUAUUUUCUUUAUCAAAUUUAUACAUCUCUUAUUGUAACAGUGCAAAACGCAACAUUGAUAGGCAUUCUUUUGACAUGUGCUAUAUUUGUUUGCUCAUUUAGUAUUCAUACAGGACGAGGGAAUGUAGUUGAAGGAUCGCUUUUGUUUGCUUAUUUGGUGUAUUCUGUGUAUAUGAUAUCUAGUGAUCUUCAACCAUCUGGAGAUAUGUUGAAAGAGAAAAACAUAAAUAGAAAUGGAUCAGUUUUGCCCUUUCCUCCUAUUAUUAUGGAAAGUUAUACGACUAUUGUGUCUUCAAUUGCUUUUAAGAUACCCAAGGCAUUAUGGCGCACUGUAUUUUUUUUAAAAGCGAUUACUUCUACUAUUACGCCAAGUAUUAUUAUAUCACUUGUUUAUCGUCUAAUUGUUCUUUAUUCUGCUACUUUUAUUGUUCCUGCCGUACGAAGUGUUUAUCGAGGUGUUGAGCAUGUUCCUUCCCUAGAUAACAAAGAGCUUACUUCACGAAUCAUGAAUAUUUUAAUAUCUUUUUCACCUUGUGUUUUAAUUGCUGUAUAUACUCAUUUACUAUUACAGCAUUUUUCUCUUCAUGGUCAUGAUGCAUUAAUAUUUGGUAUUCAAAUGGGAUCUGUGUUAAUUUGGCGCUGGUUGACUGCUUUUAUGGUUGUUGGAUUUUAUGCCAUAGAAAUCUUACUGGGUGAUGAAACAACUAGUGAUAUUUUAAUAUCACAUUGGAAAGCAUAUUGA